GGCAGCCUUCUGCUCCAUCAAGAAACUUUCCUGGACUUGUGGAGCUCCUCGGACGUAGUGGUCACGACCAGCCGCAGCCGAACCUCCUCGCGGGGGGAGACAGUGGAAAGGCGGCCACUUUUAUUUUUACCUUUCGCUACUAAAGAUUUUUCACUUGAAGUUGUCAUAGUGACGCGAAAACUAUUUUAAAAGAACAUUACGAUACGGAGUUCGUAAACUCAAUCUCACCGGCGUGUUUUCAGAGAACAAUAUUCUUUCGCGGAGCCGAACCCCCUUUUAAGACUUUUUCAAACUUUGGAUACGACGCGGAGAUGGCUUGGAGUCAGGGCCUCUUACUUUCAUUGGGUUUCCUUCUCUCACCAUUAUGUUUGUCAACCGGGGCACAGCAGCACAACCGGAGCGGCGUCAGGAAGCUGUACGUGCUCCAGCCCGGGCCGGGUCCCGGUCCCGGUUCCGGUCCGGGCUCGGCGGGAGCAAACCGAGGCGACGGGAUGCGAGUCAGCUCCAUUUCAACGCGUCACGGCGCGUCGGGGCUUCCGCACUCUUACAACGUCGAACUCACCGCCAAACUGGGCGGCCAGGUCCGGACCCGCCGGAUGGGGAAGCAAGCCUUGUCAACCCAGGCGUCCAUUGUUCGCCAGAGCGCUCCAGAGCACAACCAACACAGGCAGCUUCUCAAGCAGUCUGGAGUGAAUGUCUGUGGAGGCCAGUGCUGUCAUGGAUGGAGUAAUGCUCAAGGAUCCCAGAGGUGCACAAAGCCUAACUGCAUCCCUCAGUGCCAAAACGGAGGAAUGUGCCUCAGGCCUCAGCUCUGUGUCUGCAAGCCUGGCUCAAGCGGCAAGGCAUGUGAGCAGAAGACUGUGCCCACACACACCCUUCCAGCACAGCCUGGGAAAGGACCGACCAAUGAUCAUAGCACCAGUCACAUGAAUGGACACAACGCAGUACCACAGCGGCCCAUACCUCAGCAAGUGCCACCUAAUGCUUAUGAUCUGCCCCCACAUCAAGCUGACAACAUUGCCCAGAUGAAGCUGACUGUCAAACCUUCCCCACAGCUUGUGAGACCACAUUAUAUCCAACAACACAUCCAGCAACAAAUCCGGUCUAUGCCCAUGCAACAUGGCCAGCAAUAUGCCAUAAAGCCGAAAUAUUACCAUACACACACCACUCACACACAGAUGCACGUCAAACCUCAACUUGAAAGGCCCAUCCCUCUAUCAGUGGCACACAACCCUAUAUACGUGGGUAACCACACAGGAAGGAUCAAGGUGGUCUUUACGCCCACUAUCUGCAAAUAUACCUGUGUGGGGGGUAGAUGUCACAACAACUGCCAGCAGGGAAAUACGACAACCAUCAUCAGUGAAAAUGGCCAUGCCACUGAUACCCUGACAGCACCCAACUUCAGAAUAGAAGCCGGACAGAAAAUGGUUUUAGGGGCCAGACAGCGGGACAGAGUGGACAAGAGGAAUAUAGUGGUGUGCCAUCUCCCCUGUAUUAAUGGUGGCAAGUGCAGUGCCAGGGACAAAUGUCAAUGCCCUCCAAAUUUCACUGGAAAGUUCUGCCAGUUGCCAGUUCAAAAUGGACACCAUCAACAACAGCAGACAUCAAGCAUCUACAGUCAAACUCAGGUCCAAACCACACACACGUUGCCUCUGACCUACAGCAAUGGGCAGAAUCCUGUAUUUAGUCCCAACAUUGUAAACAUCCACAUCCAACAUCCUCCCGAGGCAUCUGUCGAGGUCCACCAAGUAUCUCAGCUGGACAACCACCACAGUAAUGGACAAAAUCAAAGAGGUCCCCAGUCAGGAUCCUCUUCAUCCUCCAGCUACAGCUUUCAUCACACUGAAAGCCGUCAGAAGGUCCAACACCAUGGCUACAACAUUGUCUAUCCAGGCCAGCAUCGUGACCAGAAUACGCAGUACCAGCCUGUCUCCUCUAAGAGCACGUUGGGCCGCUGCUUCCAAGAAACUGUUGGUAGUCAGUGUGGGAAAGCUCUCCCGGGUCUGACUAAACAGGAGCAGUGCUGUGGGACCAUUGGGACAUCAUGGGGUUUCCACAAAUGUCAGAAAUGUCCAAAGACACAAUCUAUUCCUCUGAUCGACUGCCCUCAGGGUUACAAGAAAAUCAACAGCACUCAUUGCCAAGCUUAUUUAUUCACAGAUUUUGAUGAGUGCCAGCUACAGGGCGUGUGUCCAAAUGGAAAUUGUGUGAACACUGUGGGCAGCUAUAGAUGCAUCUGCAAACCUGGCUACAUCCCCAACCCCAUGCUCACCACAUGCAUAUCCAACAUGCCUGCCAUCCAAGAGGAGAAGGGGGCUUGCUUCCGUUUGGUGAGCUCAGGCCGGCAGUGUUUGCACCCAGUGUCUGCUCAGCUGAGCAAACAGCUCUGCUGCUGCAGUGUGGGCAAAGCUUGGGGACCACAUUGUGACAAAUGUCCCCCUCCAGGAACAGCUAUGUUCAAAGAAAUUUGCCCUGGUGGGAUGGGCUACACUGUUCUCCCAAAUCCACCUGUCAAUAAACCAGUUACAGUUCACCAGGCACCGAUUGAUCCACUUACCCCCCUCCCUUUGCCAACACCAGAAAAAACUUUUGGGAAGCCAGAAGAGAUCAUACCAGCAACCAUUGCCACAGAUCAGGAGCUGGUAGUACCUGUGGUUAGUAAUAGGCCAGUCGUUGAUUCCAUACUACCCCAACUAUCUCCUGGUGUAUCCACUGUCAAGAUAAAUGCAGCUUACCCAGAGGUUGUUGAGCAGAGUUCUCCCCCUGUUCCAGUGGAGAUUUUCCCUUCUAAUGCAGGACAAGACAUUGCACCAACUCAGUCUGCAGAGGUGGAUGAGUGCCAGAUCAACCCUUAUAUUUGUGGUCAAGGGCUUUGUUACAACACAGCUGGAGGCUACACCUGCCAUUGUGAUGAGGGAUACCACUUGAAUGAUGCGCUGACCUCCUGUUUAGAUUUAGAUGACUGUUUGGAGACCCCAUCUUUGUGCUCGGGUGGUCUGUGCCAAAACACCGAGGGUAGUUUCCUGUGUGUGUGUCCACAAGGAUUCCUUGUUGAUGAAGAGGGCACAACUUGUGUGGAUAUCAAUGAAUGUGCUAACAGGACAGUGUGUCCAUCUGGCAUUUGCAUUAACAACCCUGGGGGUUACAACUGUGGCUCUUGCCCUCCUGGGUUCUUGGCACAGGGAGGCCAGUGUGUAGAUAUUGAUGAGUGCCAAGAUCAAAGUGUCUGUACCAGGGGCCACUGCAUGAACACUGACGGUUCCUUUGUCUGUCAAUGUGGGCCAGGCUUCAGCGUGUCUCUGUCUGGUGACCAGUGUGAUGAUGUGGAUGAAUGUUUUGAAGAAAAUGAGCCUUGCAAGUCCGUAGGGGAGUGUGUUAACAACAUGGGCUCCUACACAUGUACCUGUCCCCAAGGGUACCGACAGAUCGACAGCACCAGCUGCACAGAUGUUGAUGAGUGUGUAGAUGAGCCAGAACUCUGCGCACCCCAUGGUGAAUGUCUCAACACAGAGGGAUCCUAUCUGUGUGUGUGUGGGAGUGGAUUCACUGCUAGUCUUGACACACCCUCCUGUGAUGAUAUUGAUGAGUGUGGACUCAAUGAGACUUUGUGUAGUCCUCAUGGUUUCUGUGAGAAUAGAUUGGGUUCAUUCAGAUGCCUCUGUGACCAGGGCUACCAAGAAAGCCAAGAUAGCCAAAGCUGUAUGGAUGUUAAUGAGUGUGAGCUGCUGAGUAGUGUCUGCGGAGAAGCUCAGUGUGUGAACGUCGAUGGUUCCUUCCUUUGCACAUGUCCCAGCGGCCAAGAGUAUAAUGUCAUGGUCGCCAGAUGUAAGCCCAUUCCAACAGUGUCAUCAGUAGAGCGUAAAGAGUGCUACUUCCAUCUGAAUGAUGAGAACUUGUGUGAGAGUGUGCUCACCAGCCACCUCACCCUGCAAGAGUGCUGCUGCACACUGGGAGCUGGCUGGGGUGACAACUGUGAGGUUUAUCCCUGUCCUGUCAAUGGCACAGACCAGUUCAACCAGAUGUGUCCAUCUGGAAAAGGAUUUAUCCCAAGUGGAGAUUUGCUUUAUGAAGUCCCUACAGCUGAGAGGUACAAAAAUGCAGAUGAGUGCACUCUGUUCGGCCAGGAGGUGUGUAAAGGAGGCUUCUGUCAGGAUACUGUGGGCAGCUAUGAGUGUUACUGCAAGACAGGACAGGACUAUGACUCUGCCAAACUGGAGUGCAGAGAUAUAAAUGAGUGCAUUGAUGAGUCAGUGUGUGUUGGAGCCCAGUGUUUGAACACUGAAGGGUCAUACAUUUGUUUCUGUAAUCAUCCCAUGGUGUUGGACCCCAACAGUAACAGAUGCAUCUUUGUUCCUGAUGUGGCUGACCAACAUGAGGUGGGGCAGAUAGACUUCCAGGGUAUCUGCUGGCAGAAGGUCACAGAAUCCUUGACAUGCACUCUGCCGCUGGGUCCUGACAGGAAGACAACAUUCACAGAGUGCUGCUGUCUCUUUGGAGAGGCAUGGGGCAUGGACUGUGCCUUAUGUCCACCCAAAAACACAGGUGAUUAUGUGUCCAUGUGUAACCUUGGCGGGCGGCAUCCUUAUGGCCGCGAUGCCCUUGUUGCUGGUCCAGUCCAUGAAUAUGAAGUGAGCCCAGACUAUUCACCAUCACCUGAGGAGCAUCCUGCCUUGCCAUUUUACGACAAUGAGGAAUAUCCAUUCAAGGCAUUUGAGGGUUUGCGAUCAGAGGAGUGCGGUAUAUUGAACGGCUGCGACAACGGUCGGUGUGUUCGAGUCCAAGAGGGUUACACCUGUGAGUGCUUUGAUGGUUACACACUGGACAUGCCCCGCAUGGCCUGCAUUGAUGUAAAUGAGUGUUCAGAACUCAACGAUCGCAUGUCGCUGUGUAAAAAUGCAAAAUGCAUCAACACAUUGGGUUCCUACCGUUGUGUAUGCCUUCCAGGCUUCACUCCCUCUGAAAAACCAAACUAUUGUGUGGAGACAGUGACACGCCAAACAUCAGCACACACACAGUGAGUGUGGAUUGACUGGACUGGGCAACAAGAGACUCUGAAACCACAGUCACGCGCACAAACACACAUCUCUGUAAAUGGCAUUUUUGUGAACAUCAGCUAAAAAAAAAAAAAAAAAAAAUGUUAGGUCAUUCAAUUAGCAACAAUAGUGAAAUCUUCCUGGUUUGGUUAUAGCAAAUGUGCCCAAAUUUCCAAAAACAUUAGAUCUGUCACACAUUAAUCUAAAAUAUUGCACUCUUAUGAGCCUCCUUCUCGUUCUGCAUUCCCCGUCUGUUCAAUGUGUGUUUUGACUGACUUCUUCUAUUUAAUAAUGUUGAAAUAUAUAUGAUCUUUUUAAUACUAAAUAUGGGUAUUUUUGAAUAAACUAAAAUGUAUUAUCUUA